UCCGACAGCGUGUAGAAAAAAAUGGAUAUAAGGAAAGCUGGAACGCAACAGAACUAUACAUGUUACAAUUUUAUCAGAAAUAAUUUACCGGCUGUGCCAUAAUUCCGUUUAAAUUCACUAACUGAUUUAAUAAACAUGGAAAGAACUUGACGCCUCUAUGUCUCGUAUUUCUGGAUGAAGCGUUAGACUUAACUUACAUCAAGAAGUUUUCGCUUGUCAUCAGUUGAAAAUGGAUGAAUUAAAGGAAGAAAACCUAAAGAAUGUAGACAAGGCUGAGUUGGAGGAGAAAACUGUUGUAGAUGAAAUUAAAAAAGAGCAAGAAGAAGAAGAAGAAGAUGAGGAGGAGGCAUUGCCACACUCUGAAUUUCUUGACAUCUUUGAGGAAGGACUGGCUCUGAUGGUCCAAGACCCUUUACUGUGCGACCUGCCAAUCCAGGUCACACUGGAGGAGGUGAACUCUCAGGUGGCUCUGGAAUACGGUCAGGCCAUGACUGUUCGUGUUUGUAAGGCUGAUGAAGAAGUCAUGCCUAUUGUGGUUGUGCAGUCUGCUACGGUUCUGGAUCUGAAGAAAGCCAUUCGCAGAUAUAUGGAGCUAAAACAACAACGAGAGGGAGGUGUCAAGCAUAUCAGCUGGAAAUACGUGUGGAGGACAUUUCAUCUGGUCUUCAAUGGAGAAAAAUUAGAAGAUGACAAAAGAAAGCUGAAGGACUACGGGAUCAAGAACAGAGAUGAAGUGACGUUUUUGAAGAAACUGAGAAGGAAAUGAAGAAAUGAAGUUCUCUUUAAUGGAUGAAAUUUGUAAAUAAUGUAUAGACAUUUAAAAUGAAAUAUUCACCCACAUAUUAAAAACUCAUCCUCAUGGUGUUCCCUACCAAA